AGAGUCCCUAGGGAAUGUUCAGUGUUGUGUUUGUAAAGAUGAACUAAUCCUAUGGUGUGUUUCUGGGGGAGUGUCAACAUCUGUAAUAGAAGACACACAUCUGAAGUCUUGGUGCAUACCAAUUACUAGAUCUGGCAUUUUUCUGUGGUUGACAUUGAACAUUGGUUAAAACAUUUUCCUUCUUCAUUAGCAUGUCUGUACCAAAGGCACUGUUUGUUUCUUCCUUUUUUUCUGUGUAAAAAUCUUAAGCAGCAGGUUGGUUGUUGAAGCAGUUAUGUGAUAAUUAUCAUCUUUAUUUAUAGAUAGUAAGUAUCCCUGGAUGUCUGUAUAGCCUAAUAAAAUGUCAUCAUUAGGUAUCUUAUGAACAUGUUGCAGUAAUCCAUAAAACUCCUCAAAAAUGUCCAAGUUUUGCUCUUUCUAUCAAAAACUGAUGAAAUUCAGUGCCAAACCUGCUCUUCUCCAGGAUGCCCUGGCAGCCGCAGUCACGCUGAGUGCAGGGGCUGCAGCCCAGGAGCCUGCAACUCACCAAACGCACCUGCAGAGGUGGCUUGGGUCUCAAUGCUGAGCUCCACAGGGUGGCUGGGCAGCCUGUCUGUGGUGCAAGUGGAGACACAACUCCAUCCUGUCUCCCUCUGCUUUGGUGACUGCAGAACCCUGGUGGAGGAGGAUAAGGGGGCAACUAGCCCAUCCACCUCUUUGCUCUUGGCUGCCUUCCCCAUGACCAGGCUCCUGACCCAGGCCAGUGGUGCUAACCGCAGAGACUUUAAGUAAAAAUAUUAUUAAAGACAUUUUGGAGAAAAAGGUCACCUAUAAUCCUGUCCCCUUAACUAACAUAUUUUACCCAUAUAUUAAAAAUUACCUCCAGGUUUGUCCAUGAGUAUAUAUUUUCACACAGUUGCAGUCAGAUGUACAUCCUACUUUAUAUCCUUUUCCUAUUUAAAAUAACCUUUGUUCUAUAUAUUUGACAACUUUAAUAAUAAAAACCUGAAGGAAACAGAAACUUUUGUAUUGUGUGCAGAUACCAGGUAAGUGGGUUUUCUGUGUGUUUUUUUCUCCCCUCCAACUCCCCAUAUUCCCGCAUUAUUGCUAGAGAAGCAGUCAGUCUCCUCUCCUUGGCACAUGCCCAUGGCUAUCUUUACCCAGCUGACUAGGCUAAAUAAAUACACACACACACACGUAUACUGUGUGUAUGUAUAUGUACAGGUAUAUGUAUGUUUUAUUUUUUUCAUUGAAGCUUAUUAAGCCUUCUUUUAUUUUUUUUAACAUUUUUGAAAAAUUUAUUUUAUUUUUGGCUGCAUUGGGUCUUCAUUGCUGCGUGUGGGCUUUCUCUAGUUGUGGCAAGGAGGGGCUACACUUCGUUGCGAUGCAUGGGAUUCUCAUUGCGGUGGCUUCUCUUGUUGUGGAGCACGGGCUCUAGGCGCGCGGGCUUCAGUAGUUGUGGCUCACAGGCUCUAGAGCACAGGCUCAGUAGUUGUGGUGCACGGGCUUAGUUGCUCCGCAGCAUGUGGGAUCUUCCCGGACCAGGGCUCGAACCCAUGUCCCCUGCCUUGGCAGGCAGAUUCUUAACCACUGCGCCACCAGGGAAGCCCCUCCCCAGGAAUUUUUAAAUCUUUCCCUCUUAGAAUAAAAGGUUUUCUGUGCUUUAAAACAGUCAUAAAUUUUAAAAUUAACUUGUUAUGCUAUAAAAGUUAAUUUCAGUCCUAUUUUAAAUAGGUACUACUUGGCUAACAUGCACUGGUAAUAUAUUAGCAAUCCCAGUUGCUUGACAGAUGUAGAUGUUAGAUGAAAGCCAGUUGGUUAAAUUAUACUCACUUGUCCAAAGAGGAACGUUAACUAGAGAAAUUAAAAGAAAUCCUCGGGCUUCCCCGGGGGCGCAAUUGUUGAGAGUCCGCCUGCCGAUGCAGGGGACGCGGGUUCGUGCCCCGGUCCAUGAAGAUCCCACAUGCCGCAGAGCGGCUGGGCCCGUGAGCCAUGGCCGCUGAGCCUGCGCAUCCAGAGCCUGCGCCUCUGGAGCCUGUGCUCCGCAACGGGAGAGGCCACAACAGUGAGAGCCCUGUAUACCGCAAAAAAAAAAAAAAAAAAAAAAGAAAUCCUCAACAUUUAGGCAGUGUCUAACCAAAAAGAAAUAGAAACAACGUGAGUUAGUUUCCUAUAGCUGCUGUAACUGUUUUGCUUUUCUUUUUAACAUCUUUAUUGGAGUAUAAUUGCUUUACAAUGUUGUAUUAGUUUCUGUUGUAUAACAAAGUGAAUCAGUUAUAUGUGUAUAUAUAUCCCCAUAUCCCCUCCCUCUUGCAUCUCCCUCCCACCCUCCCUAUCCCACCCCUCUAGGUGGUCACAAAGCACAAGCUGAUCUCCCUGUACUGUGCAGCUGCUUCCCACUAGCUAUCUGUUUUACAUUUGGUAGUGUAUAUAUGUCAGUGCUACUCUUUCACUUCGUCCCAGCUUACCCUUCCCCCUCCCCGUGUCCUCAGGUCCAAUCUCUACCUCGGGGUCUUUAUUCCUGUCCUGCCCCUAGGUUCGUUAAAACCAUUUUUUUUUUUAGAUUCUGUAUGUAUGUGUUAGCAUACGGUAUUUGUUUUACUCUUUCUGACUUCACUCUGUAUGACAGACUCUAGCUACAUCCACCUCACUACAAAUAACUCAAUUUCGUUUCUUUUUAUGGCUGAGUAAUAUUCCAUUGUAUAUACGUGCCACAUCUUCUUUAUCCAUUCAUCUGUCGAUGGACACUUAGGUUGUUUCCAUGUCCUGGCUAUUGUAAAUAGUGCUGCAAUGAACGUUCUGGUACAUGACUCUUUUUGAAUUACAGUUUUCUUAGGAUAUAUGCCCAGUAGUGGGAUUGCUGGGUCAUGUGGCAGUUCUGUUUUUAGCUUUUUAAGGAACCUCCAUACUGUUCUUCAUAGUGGCUGUAUCACUUUACAUUCCCACCAACAGUGCAAGAGGGUUCCCUUUUCUCCACACCCUUUCCAUGAUUUGUUUGUGGAUUGUUUGAUGAUGGCCAUUCUGACCGGUGUGAGGUGGUACCUCUUUGUGGUUUUGAUUUGCAUUUCUCUAAUGAUUAGUGAUGUUGAGCAUCCUUUAAUGUGUUUCUUGGCAAUCUGUAUAUCUUCUUUGGAGAAAUGUCUAUUUAGGUCUUCCGCCCAUUUUUGGAUUGGGUUGUUUGUGUUUUUGAUAUUGAGUCGCAUGAGCUGUUUGUAUAUUUUGGAGAUUAAUCCUUUGUCAGUUGCUUCGUUUGCAAAUAUUUUCUCCCAUUCUGAGGGUUGUCUUUUCAUCUUGUUUAUGGUUUCCUUUGCCGUGCAAAAGCUUUUAAGUUUCAUUAGGUCCCAUUUGAUUAUUUAUUUAUUUAUUAAAACAAAUUUAUUUAUUUUUUAAUUUUUGGCUGUGUUGGGGCUUCGUUGCUGCAUGCGGGCUUUCUCUAGUUGCAGUGAGUGGGGGCUACUCUUCAUUGUGGUGCACGGACUUCUCAUUGCAAUGGCUUCUCUUGUGGCAGAGCACGGGCUCUAGGCACACGGGCUUCAGUAGUUGUGGCACGUGGGCUCCAGUAGUUGUGGCUCACGGGCUCUAGAGCGCAGGCUCAGUAGUUGUGGUGCACGGGCUUAGUUGCUCCGCGGCAUGUGGGAUCUUCAUGGACCAGGGAUCGAACCCAUGUCACCUGCAUUGGCAGGCGGAUUCUUAAUCACUGCACCACCAGGGAAGCCCCCAUUUGUUUAUUUUUUGUUUUUAUUUCCAUUGCUCUAGGAAGUGGGUCAAAAAGGAUGUUGCUGUGAUUUAUGUCACAGAGUGUUCUGCCUAUGGUUUCCUCUAAGAGUUUUAUAGUGUCUGGCCUUACAUUUCGGUCUUUAAUCCAUUUUGAGUUUAUUUUUGUGUAUGGUGUUAGAAAGUGUUCUAGUUUCAUUCUUUUACAUGUAGCUGUCCAGUUUUCCCAGCACCACUUAUUGAAGAUGCUGUCUCUUCGCCAUUGUAUAUUCUUGCCUCCGUUGUCAAAGAAAAGGUGGCCAUGUGUGCGUGGGUUUGUCUCUGGGCUUUCUAUCCUGUUACAGUGAUCUAUAUUUCUGUUUUUGUGCCAGUACCAUACUGUUUUGAUUACUGUAGCUUUGUGGUAUUGUCUGAAGUCAGGGAGCCUGAUUCCUCCAGCUCUGUUUUUCUUUCUCAAGAUUGCUUUGGCUAUUCGGGGUCUUUUGUGUUUCCAUACAAAUUUUGAAAUUUUUGUUCUAGUUCUGUGAAAAAUGCCAUUGGUAGUUUGAUAGGGAUUGCAUUGAAUCUGUAGAUUGCUUUGCGUAGUAUAGUCAUUUUCACAGUGUUGAUUCUUCCAAUCCAAGAACAUGGUAUAUCCCUCCAUCUGUUUGUAUCAUCUUUAAUUUCUUUCAUCAGUGUCUUAUUUUCUCUUUCAGAUUUUUUGUUAGUGUAUAGGAAUGCAAGAGAUUUCUCUGCAUUUUGUAUCCUGCUACUUUACCAAAUUCAUUGAUUAGCUCUAGUAGUUUUCUGGUAGCAUCUUUAGGAUUCUCUAUGUAUAGUGUCAUGUCAUCUGCAAACAGUGACAGUUUUACUUCUUCUUUUCUGAUUUGGAUUCCUUUUAUUUCUUUUUCUUCUCUGAUUGCUGUGGCUAAAACUUCCAAAACUAUGUUGGAUAGUAGCGGUGAGAGUGGGCAACCUUGUCUUGUUCCUGAUCUUAGAGGGAAUGCUUUCAGUUUUUCACCAUUGAGAACGAUGUUGGCUGUGGGUUUGUCAUAUAUGGCCUUUAUUAUGUUGAGGAAAGUUCCCUCUGUGCCUACUUUCUGGAGGGUUUUAAUCAUAAAUGGGUGUUGAACUUUGUCAAAAGCUUUUUCUGCAUCUAUUGAGAUUAUCAUACGGUUUUUAUCCUUCAGCUUGUUAAUAUGGUGUAUCACAUUGAUUGAUUUGCAUAUAUUGACGAAUCCUUGCAUUCCUGGGAUAAACCCCACUUGAUCAUGGUGUAUGAUCCUUUUAAUGUGCUGUUGGAUUCUGUUUGCUAGUAUUUUGUUGAGGAUUUUUGCAUCUGUGUUCAUCAGUGAUAUUGGCCUUAGUUUUCUUUUUUGUGGCAUCUUUUUCUGGUUUUGGUAUCAGGGUGAUGGUGGCCUCAUAGAAUGAGUUUGGGAGUGUUCCUCCUUCUGCUAUAUUUUGGAAGAGUUUGAGAAGGAUAAGUGUUAGCUCUUCUGUAAAUAUUUGAUAGAAUUCGCCUGUGAAGCCAUCUGCUUCUGGGCUUUUGUUUGUUGGAAUAUUUUUAACCACAGUUUCAAUUUCAGUGCUUGUGAUUGGUGUGUUCAUAUUUUCUAUUUCUUCCUGGUUCAGUCUUGGAAGGUUGUACUUUUCUAAGAAUUUGUCCAUUUCUUCCAGGUUGUCCAUUUUAUUGGCAUAGAGUCGCUUGUCGUAGUCUCUCAUGAUCCUUUGUAUUUCUGCAGUGUCAGUUGUUACUUCUCCUUUUUCAUUUCUAAUUCUGUUGAUUUGAGUCUUCUCCCCUUUUUCUUGAUGAGUCUGGCUAAUGGUUUAUCAAUUUUGUUUAUCUUCUCAAAGAACCAGCUUUUAGUUUUUAUUGAUCUUUGCUAUUAUUUCCUUCAUUUCUUUUUCAUUUAUUUGUGAUUUGAUCUUUAUGGUUUCUUUCCUUCUGCUACCUUUGGGAUUUUUUGUUCUUCUUUCUCUAAUUGCUUUAGGUGUAAGGUUAGGUUGUUUAUUUGAGAUGUUUCUUGUUUCUUGAGGUAGGACUGUAUUGUUAUAAACUUCCCUCUUAGAACUGCUUUUGCUGCAUCCCAUAGGUUUUGGGUCAUCAUUAUAUGUAUAUUUUAAACACAACAUCUCAGCAUCUUGAAAUCUUCCAUACCCCUCGUAUAAACAUGUACCACCGCUUGCUGAUUCUUUUUAUACCAGUGUUGGCUUUCAGAGUGCCAUUUUUCCCAACCACUGUUCCCUCACGAUUUCUGACUGCCUGGCCCCUUUAUGUCAAAGCUUUCUUGGACAUCUUUCUCUCUGUGUGCCUUCUUGCCUUUCUCCUUACCCGGUACAAAGCCUGAAUGUGCUUUCACAAAGAGGCCUUAAGUUACCUCAGCAUACUUUAUUCCACUCUGACUUGUUCACAUCCAAAACCUUCUCCAGUAUUCAUACCUCAUUUUCUUCUGUAUUCCUGUGCCCCACAUAUACUUAUUUUCUAAAUAUCAUCUUCCCCACCUGCAUUUCACUUAAAUACUUUUUUUUUUUAAUCAUCUCCCAUCCCUUUCUUUUGGUGCUUCCCUCCAGUCCUAAGGUUUCUGUCUUUUGUCAAUCGGUUUUCUCUCUUUUAGUCUUAACCUUUCUGGUAGUUCUGUUUUCUCACCCUUCUCCAAAAGCUCACACUCUGAUAAUAUAUAUGUAGUUUUCAGUUGAAUGCUUCUGAAUAAAUAUCUGCUUUUCAAAACAGUGAAAUCUAAACUAUUCGUAUGGAAAUAACCCCUGGGAAGAUGAGGUCUCCGCCUGAAAGUUUCAAAUAGAGAUUCUCCUGCUAGUGUUGAAUGAUGGAGCUUUAUCUUAUAUUAUCUGAAAUGGGAUGACUACUUGAACCAUGCAAAAUAUUCACUAUUAUGAAAUGAGAAUAGAUCAUUGAUUUUACACUUUUAUUUUGAUUGACCUGAGAAACAAAACUUAGCCAUCUCAGAGAAGAAAAGGUGGACCAGUCCUAUUUUCAAGAGGAGAUGACUUUUAACAGUUUUGAAGGAUCUAAAACUUGUGUACCUGCAGACAUCAGUAAGGAUGAAGAAUUUGUAGAAGAGUUUAAUAGAUUAAAAACUUUUGCUAAUUUUCCAAGUAGUAGUCCUGUUUCAGCAUCAACACUAGCACGAGCUGGUUUUCUAUACACUGGUGAAGGAGACACCGUGCGGUGCUUUAGUUGUCAUGCAGCAGUAGAUAGAUGGCAGUAUGGAGACUCAGCAGUUGGAAGACACAGGAAAGUAUCCCCAAAUUGCAGAUUUAUCAAUGGCUUUUAUUUCGAAAGUAAUGCUGCACAGCCUACAAAUCCUGGUGUCCAAAAUGGUCAGUACAAAGCUGAAAACUGUCUGGGAAACAGAAAUCAUUUUGUUUUAGAAAGGCCAUCUGAGACUCAUGCAGACUAUCUUUUGAGAACUGGACAGGUUGUAGAUUUAUCAGACACCAUAUACCCAAGGAACCCUGCCAUGUGUAGUGAAGAAGCUAGAUUAAAGUCAUUUCAAAACUGGCCAGACUAUGCCCACUUAACCCCAAGAGAGUUAGCUAGUGCUGGACUCUACUACACGGGCAUUGAUGAUCAAGUACAAUGCUUUUGUUGUGGCGGGAAACUGAAAAAUUGGGAACCUUGUGAUCGUGCAUGGUCAGAACACAGGCGACACUUUCCUAAUUGCUUCUUUGUAUUGGGCCGGAAUUUUAAUAUUCAAAGUGAAUCUGAUGUCGUGAGUUCUGAUAGGAAUUUCCCAAAUUCAACAAAUCCUCCAAGAAAUCCAGCCAUGGCAGAUUACGAAGCACGGAUCAUUACAUUUGGGACGUGGAUAUACUCAGUUAACAAGGAGCAGCUUGCAAGAGCUGGAUUUUAUGCUUUAGGUGAAGGUGAUAAAGUAAAGUGCUUUCACUGUGGAGGAGGGCUAACUGAUUGGAAGCCCAGUGAAGACCCUUGGGAACAACAUGCUAUGUGGUAUCCAGGGUGUAGAUUUCUGUUAGAAGAGAAGGGACAAGAAUACAUAAACAAUAUUCAUUUAACCCAUUCAAUUGAGGAGUCUCUGACGAGAACUGCUGAAAAAACACCAUCAUUAACUAAAAGAAUUGUUUUCAUUUCAGAUGAUACCAUAUUCCAAAAUCCUAUGGUACAAGAAGCUAUACGAAUGGGAUUCAGUUUCAAGGACAUUAAGAAAAUAAUGGAGGAAAAAAUUCAGACAUCUGGGAGCAACUAUAAAUCACUUGAAGUUCUGGUUGCAGAUCUAGUGAGUGCUCAGAAAGACAAUGCACAAGAUGAAUCAGGUCAGACUUCGUUACAGAAAGAGAUUAGUACUGAAGAGCAGCUAAGGCUACUGCAAGAGGAGAAGCUUUGCAAAAUCUGUAUGGAUAGAAAUAUUGCUGUAGUUUUUAUUCCUUGUGGACAUCUGGUCACUUGUAAACAGUGUGCGGAAGCAGUGGACAAAUGUCCCAUGUGCUACACAGUCAUUACUUUCAAGCAAAAAAUUUUUAUGUCUUAAUCUAACUACAGUAGGCGUGUUAUAUUCUUAUUACCCUGAUUGAAUGUGUGAUGUGAACCAACUUUAAGAAAUCAGCAUUGAAUUCCAUUAGCAUUUGCUACCAAGUAGGGAAAAAAUGUAAACUGUGAUGUUAUAGUUAGCAAUCUAAAAUUUGAAUUUCUGGAUUUUUCAGGAUUUUAGCUGUAUUAUCUGUCCUAUUUUUUCACUGUUAUUUAAUUGAAACCCUAGACUAAGAAGCAUCAUAUUAUUAUAACUGAUCACAAUUUGUAUAUGUAGUACACUGACUUAGAUUUCUAAAUGUAAGUGAAUUAAUCAACUGACUUUUUCAUCCUUUUUAGAUAGGCUUAACAAAUGGAGCCUUCUUUGUAAACUUACAGAUUAGAGUUAAUCUCCCCAAUCACAUAAUUUGUUUUGUGUGAAAAAGGAAUGAACUAUUCUACACUGGUAGAAAGAUAGAGAUUAUCUUUAGAUGUUUGUGUUUUAGGAUUUUGUCCACUUUCUUUUAAAAUUAUACACAUGUACUUGGGUGGAUGAUUUUUAAAAAUGAUUUUGCCAUCGUUAAAAGGGUAUUUAAUGAUUGAAUACCAUCUAGCCUACACGUACUGACGUGGAAAGAUGUCAGAGGUAUAUUAAGUUUAAAAUCAAGUGGCAAAACACUGUGUACAGAAUGAGCCAAGUGAGGUGUGUGUGUUUUAUAUACGUAUAGAACAGAAGAUUUGGAAAGAUAGGCACUAAACUGUUAAAUGUGGUUUCUUUGCGGGGGGAUGGGUCCCAGAGGGGCUUUACAGGGAGGGACCUUUCACUUUCUACUUUUUUUAUUUUGUUCUGUUUGAAUUUUUUAUAAGUCUGUAUUACUUUUGUAAUCAGAAUUUUUAGAAAGUAUUUUACUGAUUUAAAGGCUUAGGCAUGUUCAAACGCCUGCAAAACUACUUACUGCUCAGCUUCAGUUUUUCUAAUCCAAGAAGGCAGGGCAGUUAACCUUUUUGGUGCCAAUGUGAAAUUUAAAUGUUUAUAUGUUUUUCCUGCUUUGUGGAUGAAAAAUAUUUCUGAGUGGUAGUUUUCUGACAGGUAGACCAUGUCUUCUUCUCUUGUUUCAAAAUAAAUAUUCCUGAUUUUGUAAAAUGAAAUAUAAAAUAUGUCUCAGAUCUUCCAAUUAAUUAGUAAGGAUUCAUCCUUAAUCCUUGCUAGUUUAAGCCUGCCUAAGUCACUUUACUAAAAGAUCUUCGUUAACCCAGUAUUUUAAACAUCUGUCAGCUUAUGUAGGUAAGAGUAGAAGCAUGUUUGUACACUGCUCGUAGUUAUAGUGACAGCUUUCCAUGUUGAGAUUCUCAUAUCGUCUUGUAUCUUAAAGUUUCAUGUGAGUUUUUACCUUUAGGAUGAUUAAGAUGUAUAUAGGACAAAAUGUCAAGCCUUUACCUAAGUUUUUUGUUUUCUUGUCUAGUGAUAGUAGUAGAUACUUCUGAAAUAAAUGUUCUCUCAAGAUCCUUAAAAACCUCUUGGAAAUUAUAAAAUAUUGACAAGAAAAGAAGAGUUGUUUGAAUAUUAAAGAAAAAAUAAAACUUGAAUAAGAAUCAGUAUAUAUUAAAAAAAGAAAAUGAAAGUUUAAAAAUGCUUCAUAGAACACCCAGACAAAGAUUCUCACAACAACCUGUUGUAGAGGUGAGUGAGGCAUUUUACUGUAGAGAAAAGUUUGAGAGUGGAACUGUUAAAAGUUAUAUUUUUGUUGUAUUUUGUAAGAGAAAGAGUAUUAUGGUCUCUUAACCUCUGUUGAUUACUACUUUGAUAUUCAUUUAAAGCACUGCAAAUUUAAAUGAGAAUUUUAAAAAUCAAAUAAUGACUGCCCUGUUUUUGUUUUACUAUGUAAAUCCUCAGUUCUUUACCUUUGCACAUUCUUCUACUUAGGUUUAGUUAUAUAUUCAUUAAGUUAAAUUUUACAUGUAUAGUCUAAGCUUUAAAUUUAAACUUAAAUUACAAGGGGAGAAAAGUGUUAAAGUUUUAAAAAUGUGUUUUCCAGGACACAUCAGCUCCAAGUCAGGUAGUUAGUUCAGUCUAGUUGUUGGCCGAGGACUGAACUGUUUUAACAUAAGGCUUUUCCAGUUCUGGAAGCCUCAGUUCAUUAAAACUCUUUUAAAACUUGUAUGUUUAGAGUUAAGCAAGACCUUUUUUCUCCCCAUGAGUUGUGAAAUUUAAUGCAUGAAGCUGAUGUGGCUAACAAGUUUAUUUUAAGAAUUGUUUAGAAGUGCUGUUGCUUCAGGUUGUUAAAUCACUCAACACUCCAACUUCUAAUCAAAUUUUUAAAGACUUACCAAUGUUUGCCUUUGUUUGCACUAUGAAAAGCCCUGGAUCCUUCCCAUCUAAUUGUGCAAAGAAUGAUCACUUGCAAGGUCAAAAAUAUAGCCAGAUCCAAAUCUCUGCCUCCCCCUUCCCAAAAUAGUUCUCACUAUCUACAUGUAGACAUUCUUUUCUAUAUAAAGUUCACUCUAAGAUUUCAAAAGGCACCACCUAUUUUACUACAUUUUAGUCAUGCAAAGAGUCAAGUUGUUUUGUAAUAAAUAAUUAUCUUUAUUCGUAAUAAUCUGGUGUGCUGAUCAAAAGCUUUGUCUUAAUUUUUGAGAAACGGGUUUAGUGUUUAUAAAAUAAAUUCCAGUUUAUUAAUUAGUAGCUUUGUAUUGCCUUUCCUACUAGAUUUUUUGUUUGUUUUUAUUUUUUUUCCCCUUUGGUUUGGGGCUAAGAUGGGGUAGGAUGGGUGUAGUGAAUGUAUAUGAUGUGAUUUGGCCCUGUGUAUUAUGAUCUUUUGUUGUUAUAUUAUUUAAAUGUUGGUAGUUUUUUUCCUGUUUUCAUUUUAGUGGAUAAAAUUGGUAUUUUGAACUCUGAAUGGAGACUACCACCACAGCAUUAGUUCCACAUAUCGUACCCUUUAGAUCAAAAUCAUUGUUUUAUUUCCUGCUCACCCAGUUGUUGAAUAUGGGGAAAAGGGGUGGAGGGGUGGGAGAAGUAGGAUAGGUUGUGUAUCAUUUCCAUUAGAGAAAUAAGAAAACAGGAGGGAAUAUUUGACAAAUAUGGUUAUUUUUAGCCAAAUCUGCUUUAAAAAAGAGGUAACCAUUUCUUCAUCUGUGAAAUGAGAAUAGUACGUGUCUUACAAAGUUAUGAGUUCAAGGAGGCCAUAUAUGUAAAAUACCUGUUAUAAAUGUUAAUUCCCUACCUAACACUCUUUCACCUUCCGUGGAUAUGCCUUGACUCUGGAAAUGUGGGCUAAAACUUAGAUGAUAUCUUUCAGUGACUCUUACUCAUUUUUUUUGUUUGUCAUAGUCAAGAUGCAAAUUACAAUGAACAAGUAGGUCAAGUCCUUAAAAAUAUUUAAAUUCCUGUUUUAAUAACUUGAAAAAAAUAUUCUUACCAAAUUUAGUUGAGCUUUCCUAAUAGAAACAGUUGGCUUAUUCCCACUUUCAUAAUCAGUUUCAGUUUGACUCUUGUACACUUAGCACAGUGUGAAUUUCAUUUGCAGCAUUAUAGGAUCAUAGGGUGUCAGAGCUAGAAGAGACCUUAGAGAGUAUCUAAAUUCAUCCCUCUUGUUUUACAGAUAAGGGAACUGAGGCUGAAAGGUGAAAUGAUUUGUUCAAAGCUGUAUAGCUAAUUAGUGAUAGCUCAGACUGGGUCAUAGUUUGACGGUGAAAAACUUCAAGCUACCUCUCCAGGGAGGUCUCAAAUGUUUAUUUUUUCUUGUAUACCAUACCAUAACCUUCACUACAUAUUAAAUGAUACUUUAUAACUAAUACAAUAGGACAAUCUUAAAUACAUAGAGCUUCAAAUUGUACAAUACUACAUUAAUGUUUGGGUGGUAAGAUUCUAUUUUGAAGUCUAAAGUUUGCAGAAAUGCAUAUAGAUUUUUUGGCAUUUAUUACAUUCUUGUGUAUCAUUGAUGUAACAUUUAAAAUUACUAUAUAUUUUGUCAUUCUGUCUAUACUUAGCAACAAAUUUGCAUUUUUUAUUUGAUGUAACAAAGGCUUUAAUGUAAUUUUUGUUAGAAGAGUUUGCAUUUUUUUCAUUACUGUUAUACUUUAUCUAACCUGACAAAAUGACUGAUUCUUAUGUCAUUGUAUUAGUGUUGUGAAUAAUCAUGUGAAAUGUGUGAGAAAGAGUACUAUAUUUGUGAAUAUAAUUUUAUGGCUCUUUUCAUUUAGUAGAAACCUUUCCAUCAGUAUGGAAAACUAAGAAAAUUGCUUUCUACUGUAAAAUCUGGCAGUCAUCAUAGAUUAAAGCUUAUUUUUCUGUGAAUAAAACUUAUUCAAUAAAGCACUAUUCUUUAAAAUGA